CAGGAACACCUAUUUGGCCUCCUAGUGUUAAAAUAAAGGCUCAGACAAGUCGGAUGUGCCAGCCAGGCGGGGGAAGUCCACCUUUCCCCCUCACCUAGCGCGGAGGUUCGCAGACGCCAGGCUGGGAAGGAGCCCUUGUGGCUCCUUGCUUCCUUCCCCCAACCUCUUAGACGCGGGGAGGCUGAUUAGCUGCAGCUGGGGUCUAGUUAGCCCGGCCUUUGAAAUCGAUCAAUGGGUUCCUUCUCGAGGAAUGCUCCCCCCUAACUGCGGAGGAGGGGGUGGUGGCUGUGGUGGCCUUCUCCAACAUGGGCGUCCUGGUUCUGACCGCCUAAGAGAAGUGCUAAACGCCCUGCAUUUGUGGUGUGGACGGACUGUGCUUUACUGGAGAUACAGUCAUAUGGCACAAUUUCUUUCACCCGGUGCAAAAAGGUCAUGUGAUUGCCACUGAGUUUUCUAGAAUCUUGGUUUUACGAGUGCAUAAAUAAUGUGCACUGCUCUGAGCCCAAAAGUGCGCAGUGGACCCGGCCUGUCUGAUAUGCAUCAGUAUAGCCAAUGGCUGGCCAGCAGACAUGAGGCUAAUUUGCUACCGAUGAAAGAAGAUCUGGCCUUGUGGUUAACCAAUCUAUUAGGGAAGGAGAUUACAGCAGAAACUUUUAUGGAAAAAUUGGAUAAUGGUGCCUUGCUCUGUCAACUUGCAGAAACUGUUCAGGAGAAAUUCAGAGAGGGCAUGGAUGCUAACAAGCCUCCAAAGAAUCUGCCCUUGAAGAAGAUUCCGUGCAAAGCCACUGCACCCUCAGGCUCCUUUUUUGCCAGAGACAAUACAGCAAAUUUCUUAUCCUGGUGCCGAGAUUUAGGGGUAGAUGAAACGUGUCUAUUUGAAUCGGAAGGUUUGGUCCUCCACAAGCAACCCAGAGAAGUGUGUCUCUGUUUGCUGGAGCUUGGCCGGAUUGCAGCCAGGUAUGGUGUGGAGCCUCCUGGUUUGAUAAAAUUGGAAAAAGAGAUUGAACAAGAAGAAACACUUUCUGCUCCCUCUCCUUCACCUUCUCCUUCAUCGAAGUCUUCUGGAAAAAAGAGUACGGGGAACUUACUGGAUGAUGCCGUGAAGCGAAUUUCCGAAGAUCCUCCUUGCAAAUGCCCAAACAAAUUCUGUGUGGAGAGGCUCUCUCAAGGAAGAUACCGAGUGGGAGAAAAGAUCCUCUUCAUUAGGGGUCUUCAUGGUUGUUACUAUGUCUCCACAGCCAAAGCAAAGCAGACAUUUAAGAUGCUGCACAACAAACAUGUCAUGGUCCGUGUAGGAGGAGGAUGGGAAACUUUUGCAGGGUAUUUGUUGAAACAUGACCCCUGCCGGAUGCUGCAGAUCUCCCGUGUCGAUGGCAAAACAUCCCCCAUCCAGAGCAAAUCUCCAACCCUUAAGGACAUGAAUCCAGAUAAUUACCUGGUGGUCUCUGCCAAUUAUAAGGCUAAGAAGGAGAUUAAAUGAAACUAGUUGGUCGCGAUAAGGGGACUCUCAUAAUGGCCUGUACCCACUUCUCCAGUGUAGUCAGUUUAGUCCACACGCUCUGAAAAUUACUUUGAAAAAAGGAGUAACAGACAGAAAAAUGUCAUUACUAUUGAAAAAUGUUCAGAGUAGCACUAUUUAUUUUGUUGCUUCUGUAGAAAAUGACCAAUUAAAUUCUAAACUCAGAUUUAAAUUAGAAAAAUUGUAGGCAAAUUAUUAUUUUUCAGUAUGUGAACACAGUAUUUAGUACAUGUUAGAAAUACAAUCCUAGCUAGAGAUAAAAACUGCUCUUAGAAGAAAAUAUUUAGGAUUUCUAGAUCAGUCAACAGGAAGUGCCUGCCUUAUGUCUACAAAAAGCACCCCAGACACUUUUAUAAUUGCAGGCUUUUUAAGCCAAAUUUUAAAAAGGUGACAAUUAGUGUGAUAAUACGUACUAAAAAAUCUUCAAUCACACCAUGAAUAAGUGCAGAGCGUUCACAACAGUAAUACUUUACUGGAAAGGCCACUUUAGAAAAGUUUACAUUCGCUUGGAAGAUGCCUUAAAGUUUAUUCCUUAUCUAUGACCAAAUAUCUGGGGUACUUUUGGAAGUUUUCAGUACACCCUUUAGAAGAUCGCUUAUGAAGUAUUUCAUACAUUCCUAAGCACAUGGCGGUGUUGAGACUGACUUAGUGUAAUUCACACACAUAAGCUGACAUACGUUUAUAUUUUGACAGUAAAUUGUACAGUCAAGUGUUCAUUGACUUCAUGUUAUUUUAAAGCAUUUUCUUAUGAAAAUAUAUCUUUAGUUAAUCCUACUUUGCUAUGCUGUCUAGUAAAGUAAGUAUACUGUAGCUUAUGUUGUUACAGACUCAUGUAUACCCUUGUAUACCUAGGACAGGGCUGUUUCAUACCCAUAAGCAGCAAACUAUUGUCCUCACUGAUUCAAGAAUUAAAAAGAUAAAUUAAAAAAAAAUUACCUGUCUCUAUAUCGAUGCUUCAUUCCGAAAUAAAGAUUAUCUUCAAGUGGCGACUUUCCCGGAGAGUUCUAGGAAGGGUCAAAUUAGGGCUAGCUAGUGCUUCUUCACUUUGGGCAGCUGGGUGAUGGCAUUGUUUGUUCCCCUGGGCAGAUAACCUAGAUAUUAUCAUAGGUAAUCCCUUAAGUGCUAUCUUGAGUAUCUUAAGUAUAGGCAGAAUUAAUUUGUCAUUCCUUCAUUUUUCAACAACAACAAAAAAUCCACCUUUCUUGCUCCAGUAAGUCAGGGAGGAAGCGUUUGUCACAUGACUGAUUUAGUCAAAGUGUAUACAACCUGUUAUUUGUGAAGUUUUUAAACAACAGGCAUUGUAUAAUUUGGUGGUACUGGAAAUGGUGGUAAUUGUUCUGGGGGAAAAAAAAAUUAAAAGUUUUGUCAGAAAUAAAAUCCCCUUGGAACAGUAAUAAUUGUAGUAUAUUUUAAAAUACAUUGAUUUGAUUUUUAUGUUCCUAAACUAAUAUGAGCAUUGAAUUUCUCUGUAUCUACAAUAAUGUUUUCAACAAAACUUUCUCCAGUGCUUACCUUUUUCCAUAAAUAAACCUAUGUCUUUUUUUGUU